AUGCCCCUCGCACCAACUCCGCUGUCUGGCUGCCCUCUGCGGCGAUUAGAGAUCCACGAUGGAUCCACUUCCACUGUUUACGAUGCUGCCCAGCUAGAGAGCUGCUUGACUGCUACCCUGGAAGCACGACGGGCCAUAGCCGGAGAUGCAAACGACAUGAUGCUUCAAUCGCAUUUGGGACUGCAACGUGUGCUAUCCAUCCAGCUUACCGAACUCAUUACAUCAUCCAACAACAUGCUAGAGACUAUCACCAUCGACAGGCUCUCUCACCGGAUGUGCAUUCAAAUUCAUCAAAAGAAGCAAACCGUUUUAUUUACCUUUAAAGAAACCCGAGAUCUUAAUGUCGUCAUAUACGCCCUAAAGAAGUUCGGGUUCCAGGUCAAAGACGGCAUAUCUGACCCGUCUCACGCUGCCGCUACAAGUCUAGCUCGCUGUCAAUCCUAUCCAACACCUUCGCACCGCGAUUUUGCACCGCGAUUAAGCUCCAUCACUCCAUUAGAUAGACAUGAAAGCUCGCCGACACAAUCGCAAUUUUCCUUCCUUUCAAUGCUGAAUUCGAAUAUGCCGCUUACUCAACUGCAGUCAGCAGAUUCACAAUAUCAACCUCUUCAAUCUCCGCCACAAGACCUAUCACAGCAGUCAGUUUACCAGAUGAUGCCAGGAAACACUUACGCUCCCUAUCAAAAUUCUUACCAAUCGUAUCUCGGCCACCACAGCAAUAUGUAUCAACCACGAGUGAGCUCUCCGCUUCGAAACACCAUCGACAUUAAUAGUCAAGAUACAUCUCCCAUGUCUUCACUACCGAGUAGUCAAUCUAGCGACUUUUCGAAUGCUAAAGAUACAGGUUCUUUGCUGAGUAAUCGAUCUGAAUCCACGAACACAUCGUCGCAACCCUGGCGGCAGCCGAUAUGCAUGGGUAUAAAUGACUACGACUCAGCAUGCUCUCAAGAGACCCCGCAAGCAAGCCAGGACACUGUUGCUUCCACAGCUUCCACAGCUUCUACAGCGGAGGACUGUCAAACUACUAAGGAAGCCGAUGUCUCGUACACGUUGCAAUCUACACAAGAUUUUCGCGCAUUGAUGCCUCGAACUCGCAAUUUGCCUUUUGUCAGGGACAGAAAAAGCAAGACGCCCAAAUCACAGUCCGCGCAGAAACGAGCAAACAGGGAGCAGGGCCGAUGUAAGAGCGAUUCGAAUAUACUAAGAGAGGAAUUUUUGCAUUCCGAUCCAGAAAUGGAUAGACCAAAUGCAUCACAAACCAAUGUGCAACCGACACCAGCUCACCCAACAGAUACUCAAACUGAGAUACCAGCAAUGCGUCAUUCCUCUUGUGAAAUAGAUGAUUUGCCCUCCAUUUUCUUCAUCAAGACCUCCGAGCCCACAUAUAAACAAACUAAAAUCAUCCUUCACCUUCUAACAAGAGCAGUAAUGCCUCUAACAAUUGUCCCGGUCGACUCUCUACUCGCACUCAGAGAUGGAGUUCCCUACUACCUUAGGAACUACGACCUAUCUAACGCGCUGUUCUUCAGGGUCGACAGCUACUCUCGUCGGGGCGAAUUCGACUACCAUACUGAAGUAGCUUGUUUCGCAGACUGCUAUUUUGCGUGGAAGAAGACCAUUCUGAAGACGCGGCAACUGGAGUGGCCCGAGGCUCGUUAUGGGCCGUCUUAUCUCUCUGAUAGGGACAUGGAUCAGGUGUUAUAUAUCCUUGUUACCGAGUUGGACCAGCACCGACGCUCCGGUCUAGGCCUUGAAGAUACGCGUUGCGUCGUUUUUGAAGAGAUGGGGGAGACUCCUCGCGACAGAUUGGCAUGGGCCGUGAGAAAGUGCUCGGAUAUGGUAUGGGUCGACAUCUAG